AUGUUAGGGACUCUAGAAAUUCUCUAUCCAAUCGGCAGAUCCGACAAACUCGUACGACGCAUCCCUAAUUUUUCAAAUAUCGAUGAUUUUGCCCAUCGUGGACACAAAACUUAAUUCUCAUUACGUUUCGAUCCUCCAGGUCGAUUUUUCGUUGAAUAUAGUAGCUUGAAAUUACCAAUUCAAAGCACGACGGGUCGGGUUUCUCGCGACGUCGUUGGAUGUCACCACGUUAGAGGCCGGUGAAGGUUUGGCUAAUUCCGCUGGAUGGCGCCAAGCCGGCAUCUUUGUUUAGAUUAAUUGCCACUACGCGAGGCUUGUCUCUGUCUGUCUCGAAGAGUCUAGUUCGUCGGUUCUCUUUUUUUUCUUAUUUCGGUCAAUUUCAACGUCACGCGUGGCUACAAUUUCUCGAAAUGGUUGGUACCAAAUGCUGCAACAAUGUGUACGCGCUUUUGGCGAUACUCCUAUUGUUGAUAGAAACAGCGAUUGCCUUGGACUGCUACCAAUGCACAUCAGAGGAUGAAUGGAAAUGUAUGGAUGAUGAAUUGGUUAAAAAUUCCUUGAUGCCGACAAAUUGCAGUCAUAUUUAUGGGGAGCGUUAUUGCAUCAAAUCGGUCGGCCGUUACGGAGGUGGCAUCGGCACAAAGCGAUUUUGCUCGGCUGUGCAUAUGGGAAACUAUUGCGACUACGUAAAACAGCCUGGCGACAAGUUGACCUAUCGCACCUGUGUAUUCACAUGCUCCGGCGAUGGCUGCAAUCUGGCAACGUCCGUGAUGUCGACCAAAAGUACAUGGAUCGCGUCAGUGGGACUGUUGGUGACUUUGGGAAGGUUGUUUUACAGGUAGAAAGCAACUAAUACGUACGAAUAUCCUUAUUUGGAGCAUCCGUCCAACAAACUGAAACGAUCGUUCACUCGACAAAUCGGAACAAUAAUCCGUAGGUAAUUUGUCAUCCGAGGCUGACGUUUCUUUCUUACGUCAUUAAACAGAUUCAUCUUUUUUAUGUAUUCGCGUAUACUCCGCGCAUAGAUAACUGGUGACAAAUGUAACUUGUACCAAAGUGAAACAUGCCCGUCCAUUUUACUUAUAACCAGAAGGAAAACUAAAAGAGUAUCGUAUAAUUAAAAUAUCUCUAGAGCAGAUGUAUAUGUUUGUAUCGAUCAUAAAAAAAGAAAGAGGAGAAGAGAAUGUAUGUGUGUUAAGCGAUUACUAUUUAUCAAGUUUGACUUAAGGAGCGAACAAAAUACUUUUACAUUGAUAUUAGCAAUAAAACAAAAGUGAUAUGAGAGUAAAUGUUUUUUUAUUUUGCUGGGAUAUCCCGUUUGUCUCAUAUAUCGUACAUGUUUUCAAAACACACUGUAUGUCAAUUUAUCAAAUAAGCAUGUGCCGAUAAUAAAUUCACUUACAAUUUGUAAGACAUGCGUGUAUUCUUUGGUAUGCUUCUCCGCUUACCCAUUUAUUGUACACUAUUGAGUUUUAUGACGAUAGAUCGACAAAUGUUACAUUAGUAUAAAUACUGACACGGGUAUCGCGGGCGAGUUUAUAAUUCGUAAUGAAAUUCGUGAAAUUGACGUUUGCUGCAAAAACGAUUGGUUGUAUUCUUCUUCUAUAAAAGUAUCGUAAAAAAACGCUGGCUAGAAUAUAAGUAUACUUGCGUGAUCGUGAAGAAAUAUCUAACAAGCCAUUAUAAAUUGAUAUCUUGCGCCAAUAUAAACUUUACGGAUAUAUACUACCUCUAUUACAUAGAUGCAUGUAUAAAAUUGUGAUACUUUUCAUGAAGCGACAAUUCACUGUAUCCAAUUCAAUGUAAAGUUUUAACGAGGACCUUUUUUCAUUCUUGUCCAAUAUUGAGAUAGAAUCUCGUCAAAAACCGUAAAUUGUUAGUGAGUUCAUGAAAAAUAAAGAUGAUCAAUCGAGAAACUAAGAAGCGAUAUGCGAAAUGCUGCCGUAUUAAUAAGAAUAACGGUUAAAUCCCUAUUGAGACUCACGUUCGUUACAUUUUGCUUGUAACAAAAUUCAAGUCAACUUGGGCAGUAUGUGAGGUGCAGCAUCCAGGUACUAUAUUUAUCGAUUUCACGAUACAAUUACACAUUGUAUGAAAAAUACAUAUAUAAACGUAUAAAUCGUUACACCAUUUUAUUAUUGUUAUCAAGCAGAAAUAUAAUUCCGUGUAGUUUUCAAUUACAAGACUAACGCUAGAAAUAGAUUCUAGUAAAUCUGCUAUCAUAUAUUUUCUUCCAAGAUAGCCAUAGAACAAAUGAAAUCAACACUGAAUGUAAACGUCACAUUCUUCGAAUCGAAGAGUAUAAAUAGAUGUAUCACUUGUAUUUGUUCAUCGCAUUGAUUAUACAAUGCACGGUAAACUUGUUAAUCGCGCGUACGUUACAUUAUACAUUGAUCGUAUAAAAAAAGAAAAAAAAAAGGUUUUAAGAUAAUCUUCGAGACUGCGAACGUAACAUUGAUCAAGUAUAUUAUCACUGCCACGUAUAGAUUUCAAAUAUCUUAUUGCCAUCGACACAAAGGCAGUACUGAUGGCAGUGAAGGAUAUAUAUAUAUAUGUAUGCGAUAGCAAAAAUGUUCGAUACAUAAUAAAUCACUUGUACAUAUCAUAUAGUUCAGCAGCAUAGAGAGAUAUUGUAGAGCGUAAUGCGUUCGCGCGCGCAAGAGAUCGAGUAAUAGAUAGAGUCUGCUUUAUUUGCCACGUUGGCAAAUUGAACGCGAGUCAGAACGGGAAUGAUUGUGAUGAACACGCAAAAAAAGUGUCAUCUGUCUAGUGCUGUCUGACGACUCUUUUUAUAUCAAAUUCUAAAGGUAUAAUUAGUUAAAUAAUGAACGAAAUGGCAAUAUAAAUUAAUAAACAAUUGGUUAUAAUGGACUAGUACCAAAGUACGAUAUUCUCGAAAAAUAAAACGAGAUAAAAACAAUCAUCUAACCGAUAUAAUAAUACAUGAUAUAUUACUUUUAUGCUGCCAUUCGUCUAAAGAUAUUGUGCUUUUCUUAAUUCGACAAUCUUAGCCACGUAUGAUUGUCGUGUGUGGAAACACACACACAAUAUCCAGCUUAUACAUCCAGGUAUGCGUAUACAGGUACAAUUUUUCACGUAACAGAUAUAGCCUACUUUCUUGAAGCCUUCGUGGCCGAUGUUAACGCGACAAAUUUUAUUCUACUUAAAAAUGACGGACCAACCGUGAAAAAUUUAUGCUGCAUUGAAAUAUUUCUGUGCUAAUAUCUUUCUUUUCUAUGUACGAAACACCAUCACGGAAUAAAAGUCUCAAGCAGUGCAUUGGUACAAAAUUCUCGCAAGCUUAGGCUCUUCUCUCCCUUUAUCAUCGUUAAUUAGUGCAUAAAUAUGAAUAUUAAGUACCAAUCGCUAAUCACAUUUCGGUGGUAAAGCUGCAAGAAUUUUGCUCGAAGCCGAGAUCGAAGCGAAAUA